AUCUUAGUGUUUCCGUCUUUUCUGGUUGUAUGGCGGACCGUAAGAAUGAAGCAAAUAGUCACUAAUCAAACGGUAAAAAUCCCAGAGGGAUUGACUGUUACAGUCAAAUCCCGUUUGGUAACGGUGAAAGGACCAAGAGGUAUAUUGAAACGAUCUUUCAAACAUCUUGCACUCGAUAUUCGUAUGGUCAGCCCAAGAUUAUUGAAAGUAGAGAAAUGGUUUGGCACGAAGAAAGAACUAGCUGCCGUCCGUACUGUAUGCUCGCAUAUUGAAAAUAUGCUUAAAGGUGUGACAAAGGGCUAUCAAUAUAAAAUGCGAGCUGUGUACGCUCAUUUUCCUAUUAACUGUGUGACUACAGAAAAUAACACAGUCAUAGAAAUUCGUAAUUUCUUGGGCGAGAAGUAUAUACGUCGCGUCAAAAUGGCACCAGGUGUCACUGUUGCAAAUUCUGGUAAACAAAAAGAUGAAUUAAUCAUAGAAGGAAAUUCCUUAGAAGAUGUAUCUCGUUCAGCUGCUCUUAUUCAACAGUCAACCACAGUGAAGAAUAAGGAUAUUAGAAAGUUUUUGGAUGGACUUUAUGUGUCUGAGAAAACAACAGUUGUACAAGAUGAUGAAUAAAUUCUUUAAUGUAUGACUGAAUGAUAGAAUUUAUGCACAUACUUUUAUUGACCCAAUAUUGAAAUAAAUGUACAGUUUUUCAUUA